AGGGGAAGUAGGCGGGGGUACCGGUCGGUGACGUAAGUGGCGGUUGUGUACUUGCCGUAGGGUCGCGCGGUGUCCGAUGUGAAUGCAGAAGCACCCACCGGAUAAUGCUGUUUAAAUCUGUUUACGAUCCAGCUCGAGAAUAUUAAAGAUGCACCGUAGGAAAAGGUACUGGUCUCCCGAGGAGCACUACAGAACUCAGAUGUGGAAGAGGAGGAGACGGUCUCCAAGCAGAGACCAAGAAGAAAGGAGAAGAUUACGCCAGCGAUGGAAAUCUCCACGCAGGUCUCGCUCAAGGAGCCACCACAACAGAAACACAUACUGGGGGAAGCCCGAUAAUAUAUAUUCUGGUGAUGUUUGUUACUCGGAGGGUGCCAGCUCUUCUUCCUACAGCGAGAGCUACUCUUACUCUGCACAUUCACCCCAUCGUCCGCGUUCCAGGAAUCCCGAAAGAAACCGCUAUGAGAAGCGAUAUCGCUCGAGCUCGCGCAAGCGCUCCAGGUCUGGUAGUUGGAUUUCUUCGAAGAACCAUCGGAGUGCAAAGGACGGCCAGAGUGUGGAGGAUGACAAAGAAGGGCACCUGUUGUGCCGGACCGGAGAACGCAUCACGGAGAGAUAUGAGAUUGUGGGAAGCCUGGGAGAGGGGACGUUUGGCAAAGUUGUGGAGUGCAUGGACCAUGGCAGAGGGAGAACUCGAGUGGCUCUUAAGAUUAUCCGCAAUGUGAAGAAGUACCGAGAGGCAGCCCAGCUGGAAAUUAAUGUCCUAAAGAAGAUCAAAGAGCGAGACCGGGAGAACAAAUACAUGUGUGUCCUGAUGCAAGACUGGUUUGACUUCCAUGGCCAUGUGUGCAUCGCCUUUGAGCUGCUCGGGAAAAGUACAUUCGAGUUCCAGAAAGAGAACAACUUUCUGCCAUAUCCGCUCCCUCAGAUCCGACAUAUGGCUUUCCAGCUAUGCCAUGCACUGAAAUUUCUACACGACAACCAGCUGACGCAUACAGACCUGAAGCCUGAGAACAUUCUCUUUGUAAAUUCUGAAUUUGAUGUCAGUUACAAUGAGGGGAAGAAAUGUGAGCAAAAAUUUGUAAAGAAUUCCAGCAUCCGUGUGGUAGACUUUGGCAGUGCCACAUUCGAUCAUGAAUACCAUACCACGAUUGUAGCCACUCGUCACUACCGCCCCCCAGAAGUGAUCUUGGAGCUGGGCUGGUCUCAGCCGUGUGAUGUGUGGAGCCUGGGCUGCAUUCUGUUUGAGUAUUACACUGGAUUCACGCUCUUCCAGACUCAUGAUAACCGCGAGCACUUGGUUAUGAUGGAGAAAAUUGUCGGUCCGAUGCCACGUCGUAUGAUGUACAAGACAAAGAAACAAAAAUACUUCCAAAAUGGUGCUUUGAUCUGGGAUGAGACAUCUUCAGAUGGACGCUAUGUCAGCAAAAACUGUCACCCACUCGUGACUUACAAGACAAAUAAUACACCAGAGGAUGCUAAGCUUUUUGAUCUGCUGCAAAAGAUGCUGGAGUUUAACCCUGCGUUGAGGAUCACCUUGACCGAAGCCUUGAGCCACCCAUUCUUCAAUAAUCUUAGUCCUGAGGAAAAGUCAUUGGGCUUCCGGACCUCUAGAGACCUCAGCAGAUGACUAUGACGAUAUCUGCCCUCAUUUGGUCACUGCCUCAAACCACUAUGAUGACACACAUCUUGGACAUCUUGAAAUGACAGUUCUGAUGCAUUUGCUGUGUUGCAUACCUCCUAGCUCUAAAGCAGUCAAUAUUCCCAAAAUCAUCCCUCUGUGAUAUUGCCGUUUUGAAGAGGAUGGCACUCUGCAUUCUGAUGUCAAACCCCCUCUCGAUAUUGCGUCGGCUAAACACUGUUAGGUGUUAAGAGGGUUAAAUUAUCCAUGCAGGAAACCAUUAUAAAUAGUUACACGGGCAAAUUUCGAAAGAUGCUUGCUGCUGCCGCCACUUAACACUUCAUGGGGAUGAUGACUUCCGUCUCUAAGAUCACAUGCAUGUCUUUCUGCUUUGACUUCGAGGUUCAAUGCAUGGUGGGUAUGGGGAAGUCUUUAUAUGUUCAUAUUUUAUACAUAUAUAUAUAUUUGUACACUCAGGGACAAAGAUUAAUAAAAAUACUUAAGUACUUGUUCCAGGAUUCUACAACCGUGAAUAAA